AAAAAUUGAAAGAAGAAAAGUCUUGGAAAAAAAAAGACAACUUGAGAAACUGUUACGCAUAUUCCGGGUAUCUCAGUAUCUGAGCUGUUUUACCAAAAUACCCUUCUCCUUCUCCAAGCAAGAUUUAGGGUUUCUCAAAGAGUUUUCCUUUUCCCUCUCUCUCCCAUGUCGAUGUCUCCGAUCUCCAUCGUAAUUCAGUUUCCUUCAAUUGAUGUGACCUUCGAUUCCAAACUCGCAAACCCAGAAACGGGUUACUCAUAGAAACAGUGAUAGAGAGAUAUGAAUGUUGACGCUAGAGUCGGUGUUGCGGUCGAUGGAGCUCAGAGUGCUCUUAACACUGCAACCACUGUUCAUAGUAGCGUCGUCAUGACGCAGAUUAAGCCGCAGGCAAAGCUAGGAACCUUCCAGAAUCUCCUCGCUGGUGGUAUUGCCGGCGCCAUUAGCAAGACAUGUACCGCUCCUCUUGCUCGCCUCACCAUCUUGUUUCAGUUGCAAGGGAUGCAAUCAGAAGGUGCAGUGUUAAGCCGUCCAAACUUACGGCGUGAAGCUUCCCGUAUUAUCAACGAGGAAGGAUAUAGAGCCUUUUGGAAAGGAAAUUUGGUUACUGUAGUACACAGGAUUCCUUAUACUGCAGUAAACUUCUAUGCAUAUGAGAAGUACAAUCUAUUUUUCAAUUCAAAUCCAGUCGUACAGAGUUUUAUAGGAAAUACGAGUGGCAAUCCGAUAGUGCAUUUUGUUAGUGGUGGCUUGGCUGGAAUUACAGCUGCUACAGCUACAUAUCCCCUCGAUCUUGUCAGGACUCGUCUUGCUGCACAGAGGAAUGCAAUUUACUACCAGGGUAUUGAGCAUACUUUCCGUACCAUAUGCAGAGAAGAGGGAAUUUUGGGUCUAUAUAAAGGACUUGGUGCUACAUUAUUGGGUGUUGGACCAAGUCUUGCUAUCAAUUUCGCCGCGUACGAGUCUAUGAAAUUGUUUUGGCAUUCUCAUAGGCCAAAUGAUUCGGAUUUGGUUGUUUCUCUUGUUUCUGGAGGUCUAGCUGGAGCUGUUUCUUCAACAGCUACAUACCCAUUGGAUCUUGUGAGAAGAAGAAUGCAAGUGGAAGGAGCUGGUGGAAGAGCAAGAGUAUACAACACUGGACUCUUUGGAACAUUCAAACACAUAUUCAAGUCAGAAGGCUUCAAAGGGAUAUACAGAGGAAUAUUGCCUGAAUAUUACAAAGUAGUUCCUGGCGUUGGCAUCGUCUUCAUGACAUACGAUGCUUUGCGGAGACUCUUAACUUCUCUCCCCGAUUGACAACUCCCACUCAUAUACUUAGAGGAAUUUUAGCUGCUUAUAGAGUUAGUAGAAGAAAGAAACAACAUGUUUAUUUCACACUUGGUCAUCUUUUCAAACACUUUGGUAGUAAAUUUUACUUUUCUUACUGCCGUAGAGAAAAUUUUACAGUGUAUAGGUUAGUUCCACCUGGGGUGUUAAAAACAUUCAUAGGCAUCAUAUUUAACACUGUACCACGUGAGCAUAUCUUCAAACACGACACAUUUGUUUUGUUCUUUCUCUGUUUCUACACUCCUAUGAUACUUAUGUAAGUUUUUGUUUGCUUCAUUAUUUGUCACAAUGAUGAGAUU